AUGUUUCAAGAGUGUUCUGACGGAUCGUGGCGAGAGGUUGCCGCUCAGAAGGAGCAGGAAUGGCGUGACGUGUUGGAACAACAUGUCAACUCGUUAGAAGUGGCCCUUAAUAACAAAGAGAGACAACUGAUAGAGGAGAAACGUCGAUUUGAGUUGCUGAGAGAAGAUUUCGAAUACAAUCUGCAGAUCAUUUCUGAGAGAGACGUAGAACUCGAGAAAUACGAGGCGAUCUACGCUCGUAUGAAACAGACCGAAGCCGCGCACGAUGGGAAAGUCAGCGAACUUCUAAUCUCGUUGGAUGAGAAGAAAACCGAAGUGGAAAUGGAGAAAGGAAAUCACGAGGAAUUGAGGAACUACUACCAACAGAGACUGAAGCAAAAGGAACUAGAGGGAGAGCAGUGGCGAUUAGAGAAGGAAACUGCAAUGAGAGCAGAACGAGAUGACUGUGAGCGUUUGAAGAGAAGACUGCAGCAACAGAUCAGCGAUCUGUCGAUUGAUUUAGACGCUCAGAGGCGAGAACUGAAUGCCACGUUUGAUGAGGCUCUACUGAAGAAAGAACAAGAAUAUCAGAGGAGAUUGGAUGAGUUACACGAUGGGAAACUGGCAGCAGAGAGUGAAGCGAAGCAGUUGAGACAAGAAGUGGAAAUGAUGAGAGUCAAUCAGCGACGGAUUGCUGGUGAGUUGGAGAGUGAAUGUGGGACAAGGCAGGACACGGAGAGGAGAAUGAAGGAGCUGCAGUGGGAAGUCGUUGAUGUGGCAAGCAUGAAAGAUGCAAAGAUUGCCGAUCUUGAGUUGGAGAUUCAGCAGCUGCAGAGGACAGUGUUGAAAUGUCAGGAAGAACGAAAUUCAUUGAAUCGAAUCGUAAACGAGAGGCAAUCUCAACUCAAUCAGCUGCAACAGAGUGCUGUUGAUAGAGAAAGGGAAUUAAAGUCGCAGAUGAGUGAGCUGCAGUCGCAGUUGGAAAUGUGCAAGGUGCAACAACAGCAGCUACAGUGGGCACAUAAAGAUGCCAUGACUGAGAAAGACAAGCAAAUACAGAAAACUCAAACCGUAUUGUCUGACUGUCAAAAGCAGCUUGAUUCUCAACGUGCCGAGUCUUCUCGUACGACAGUUACAAGAGAUUUAGAGAAGAAGAAACUAUUAGAAGAGAAGAAAAUGAUGGAGAUUGAAGUAGCAAGCAAGCAAGAAGCUAUCAACAGAUAUAAGCAAGAAUUAGCAGCUGGCAUAGAGAGAGAAAGAGAUAUGGAGCAGUUAAGAGUUCAGCUAGAAUUGGAGUUUGAUCAGAAAUGUCGAGAACGAGAACGGGUCGUUACAGAGCAGCAAGAACAGUUGAUAUCGGGUCUAUGUGAAGCAAGAGAUGAGGCUUUCGGUAAAGUCCGAGAGAGGGAGUUGGAGUUGAAGCAACGCGAUGAACUGAUCAGUCGUCUAGCAAGAGAACGAGAUCAAGCAGUUAACGCACUCCAAUCUCAACCCUCAACCGCUCAACGUGCUCACACAGACGGCGCACGUGGGUUCAAUGUCCCGGAUGUUUACGUUGAUAGGCGCCUGGAUGGUUCCGGAAAUAUUGAUCAUCUGUACGAGCUCGACGAGCAGAACAAGAAGCUGCGGCUCGUGAUCAGACAAAUGCGAGAAGACAUGGAAUCCAUGAAUCAGUUGAGACGAGAAGACUCGAGUCUGGCGAUUGCAAAACCACCCGAGUCAACAGACAGUCGCAUGGAAGAGAUGAUUGAAGAGAGGAGGAAGAUUGUUGCUGAAAAUGAGAGUCUUAAGCAACAGAUUGAGGAGUUGUCGGUGGUUAAUAGACAGUUAGCUGUGCAGGAUACGGAGAGUGGGAGACAGAAACCGGAUGGUCCGCUGAUGAGAGCGCAGCUUCGUGCCAUGAAUGAAACCAUAGGCGCACUUCGUGCAGAGAAACUUGAGUUGGCAGCCGAAAGCCAACGACUUCAAACAAAAGUUACUCAUUUGUCAAGCAUGCUCACUAAAACAGAAGAGGAGAUUCGUGCAAAGCAAGUACUAGUUGAGCAGCUUCAAUAUGAGUCGGUCACUAGUACACGUAGGAGCACAGCAGAGACGGCGGAAUUGAAGAGACGGGCAACUGAACUCGAGCUCUCGCUGAAGGAAGCACAACACGUGGCCGAUGAGUAUCACAAAAGCAGCGUGGAGAAGAAUGCGGAAGUGACAGCAUUGAGAAACGAGGUAUCAGCACUGAAACUAGACGUCGCUUCUAGAGCUGACGGAGGCAUGUCUGUACAACACGCUGCUGUGGUUGCUGAUUUAGAAGACGAGAUACAACAAUUGAGAAAGCAGCUUAGUAGCCGUCCUGUCAGCGCUAUUGAUGGAUACAACUCGACGUUCAGACAGAAACUGAAGGUGGCAAGUCGUCGGAUUCUAGAGCUAACUCGAGAGAGACAACAGCUCAUUGAUAUCAGUAACACGAUGAGAGCAGAGGCUCAGAAACCAAAAGACACGAGAAGUUCUGAUGCUCGGUAUCAACAGGCAAGCGUAUCGAGAGUCAGAAGGAUUAACAAUAGUGACAAAACGAAUGAACAGAGAGAUAGGAGGGGUUUGUCUCCUGGUGGGUUUACAAGUCGGGAGGCUCAUGAUCGAUCGCUACGGGAUUUGGCUGGAAAACUGGACAAUAAGUUGAAUGCUGUGGAACGACUGCAUUAUCAACUGACAAGACAGGAACUACAACAGUCACAACGACAAGCACAGACGUCAGGAGGAGAACGAAGAUACCACGGUAUGCACUCCAAACACGACGUCAGUGAUACGAAUGAUCAUCUCUAUGCAUAUGAUCGACAGAUGGAAAAGGAACCGGCACAUGCGGACAGUGAUUUGUCAGGUGGUUUUGAUGUGCUACAACAGCUCUUGCUAGCGGGUGAUAUUCAAACACAACAUGCUCAGUCAGACUUGAGCGGUUCGUUGGAUGAUGGACAUCAGUCGUCAUUACGUGGCGUUUGGGACGUUUUGGCUGAAGGAGAGCAGGCAGUUGCUGGAUUUACACCAAGAAACAGCCAGACCUCAACGACUGGAGACUCGGUAUCAAAGGGAGUUGUUGGUCAUACAUCUGGUGAUGGUGAACUUGUGGUUGCUGGACAUCGUGCACGGAUGAUGUCUCAUUCUGAGACAAUGUCGCACGGAAUGAAACGACGAGAAUUGAAGGGAAAAACUGCGGUGGUGGGUCGAUCUAGAGAGACGAAGAAUGUGGCAAAGCUGGUGCGCAACUACAGCAGGAGAGAUCAAUAAUGUGUUAUACAUAGUGUGUGUGUUACUACGAAUGCAACUUGUUGAUUUCUACACUCAACUGAGUUAGAGUAAUUGUCACUAUUGUGACUUCUGAUGAUGUACUUGAUGUUAUAGACGUGGCUAGAUGAGUAGGAAAUAUUUUUGUAGAUUAAUCAUAAAUUAUUGAUAUCAACAAAACCUGGAAAUGGAAAUUUGAUUUUGUCACUGUUGUAGAGACAAAUAAAGAGACAGUCAAC